AGGCGGCGAGGAGCAGUGCCGGAGUUAGCGGCUGGCGCGCAGAGGCAUCAGUGUCAGAAUGGCCAUGCUUCGAGGGCUUCUGCGACUCCGCCUGCUUUGCGGCCUCUUGGGCCGGGAGCUAAGCACACGCAGAAGAAGCUCGACUCUGGACUGGGCUGGAAAGAUGUCCGAGAUUAAAAAGAAGAUCCAGUCAGUCCUUCCUGGAGGGGCCUGGAAUCCACUGUAUGACACCAGCCACCUACCCCCUGAACACUCAGAUGUGGUGAUUGUGGGAGGUGGAGUGCUUGGCCUGUCCGUGGCCUAUUGGCUGAAGAAGUUGGAGAAGCAACGAGGUGCCAUUCAGGUGCUGGUAGUGGAACGGGACCACACGUAUUCCCGGGCCUCCACUGGGCUUUCCGUGGGUGGGAUUCGUCAGCAGUUCUCAUUGCCCGUGAACGUCCAGCUCUCCCUAUUUUCAGUCGACUUUCUACGGAACAUCAACGAUUACCUCGCUGUAGUCGAUGACCCUCCCCUGGACCCCAGAUUCAACCCCUCAGGUUAUCUCUUGCUGGCUUCAGAAAAGGGUGCUGCGAUCAUGGAGAACAAUGUGAAAAUGCAGAGGCAGGAAGGUGCCAAAGUGUGUCUGAUGUCUCCUGAGCAGCUGCGGAACAAGUUUCCCUGGAUAAACACAGAAGGCGUGGCCUUGGCGUCUUAUGGGUUGGAGGGCGAAGGUUGGUUUGACCCUUGGAGUCUACUCUGGGGGCUUCGGCGAAAGGUCCAGUCCAUGGGGGUCCUUUUCUGCCAGGGAGAGGUGACACGUUUUGUCUCUUCAUCUAACCGCAUGGAGACCACAAAUGGAGAAGAGGUGACUUUGAAAAGGAUCCAUGAAGUCCAUGUGAAGAUGGACCACAGCCUGGAGUACCAGCCUGUGGAAUGUGCCAUAGUGAUCAAUGCAGCAGGAGCCUGGUCUGGGCAAGUCGCAGAGCUGGCUGGUAUUGGGAAGGGACCACCUGGCACUCUGCAGGGCACCAAGCUACCUGUGGAGCCAAGGAAAAGGUAUGUGUACUUAUGGCACUCUCCCGAGGGACCAGGCCUGGAGACUCCAUUCAUUGCAGACACCAGUGGAGUCUAUUUCCGCCGUGAAGGAUUAGGCAACAACUACUUGGGUGGCCGUAGCCCCACUGAGGAGGAGGAACCGGACCCAGGGAACCUUGAAGUGGACCAUGAUUUCUUCCAGGACAGGGUGUGGCCCCAGUUGGCCCAGAGGGUACCAGCUUUUGAGAAUUUGAAGGUUCGGAGAGCUUGGGCUGGCUAUUACGACUACAACACCUUUGACCAGAAUGGUGUGGUGGGCCCUCACCCACUGGUUGUCAACAUGUACUUUGCCACGGGCUUCAGUGGCCAUGGGCUCCAGCAGGCACCCGCCGUGGGGCGAGCUGUGGCUGAGAUGGUACUGGAGGGUCACUUCCAGACCAUCAAUCUGAGCCCCUUCCUCUUCAGCCGCUUUUACUUGGGAGAGAAGGUCCAGGAGCGUAAUAUCUUUUGAGCCCGUAAGCUCUGAAUUCACUGGCCCUAUUUCCCCAUCUGUUACCCCUGACUCAAAUCUUGGCCAUGUUCACAUCCUCCUCCCUAGCACCAUGCCAAGUUCUCUUCCACCACCCUCAUCUCAUCCAGGUCAUCCUGCCCCCAUGUGGCUGGGCAGGCAGGAGGACUGCAGGCUUUGAAGUUCUCACCUGAGGCCCAGACUAACAGAGAUUGAUGGGGCAAGACCCUAGGACUGAUCCGUGGCCCAGGCUAAUGCUACCCACCAAGGUAGUCCAGCUGGACAGAACACCUCGGGUCCUGAGCACCAUAGCCCAGGACUGGCUCCUUCCUGGUACUGACCCAGAACAAUCACCUCUACCCCUCUUGGCAUACCCCAGCAGAGUCUAGGCAGGGAGCAUUCUGGGGCAGCCUGGCCCAGAUUUAUCAAUCAAUAAAUGUGAUUAACAGGUUCUUUCUA